GGCUCGGCUCGGCUCGGCCAUGGACCGGCAGCGGGUCCCGGGUGCGCAGGAGUGACCCAUCCGUGACGCUGGUGGGAGCCCAGCCGCAGAGCACCAAGUGUGAGCAGCAGUCCGGUCCGUGGGACGUGUGGCUCCGUCUUGGCCGCCCCGGUGCAGCGCGGCGCAGCCCCUCUCUGCCACGAUGCCGAUCCUCAAGCAACUCGUCUCCAACUCUGCCCACUCCAAGCGGCGCUCGCGGGCCGACCUGACGGCCGAGAUGAUCAGCGCGCCGCUGGGGGACUUUCGCCACACCAUGCACGUGGGACGGGCUGGGGACGCCUUCGGGGACACCUCCUUCCUCACCAGCAAGGCAGGGGAGCCGGGGCUGGAGGUGGGUGAGGAGCCGGGCGCCUCCAAACCCAGCCUGCUCUCCCGCCGCUUCCGCAGCAGCAAGCGCUCGCAGUCGGUGACGCGAGGUGACCGGCGGGACAUGCUGGGUUCGCUGCGGGACUCGGCGCUUUUCGUGAAGAAUGCCGUCUCCCUGCCCCAGCUGAACGAGAAGGAGGUGGACAGGAGCGCGGGGCAGCUGCCCAAGAGCCUCUCCUCCAGCCCCGUCAAGAAGCUGCCCGAGGAGGUGAGCCCCGAAGAGCAGCAGCGCCCGAACGGGGCGGCCGCCGGGCCGCUGAGUCCCGGCUUGGACGAGCGCGACUUUGGGGACAUCACAGAGCUGCCCGUCGUGGUGGCCAAGAGCGGGGCGGGCAUGAAGCACGCCGAGUCCAUCAUGUCCUUCCACAUCGACCUGGGGCCCUCCAUGCUCGGGGAUGUCCUGAGCAUCAUGGAUAAGGAGCAGUGGGAGCAGGACGAAGACCCCGAGGCGGAGGAGAGCCGCGAGGAGGAGGUGGAUGCCGCUCUGCCCGGCUCCCCGGCAGCGGCGGUGGCAGCCCCGCCAAGCCAGAGCCCAUCCCGUGGUGCCGGCGGCCGCUGCCCCAGAGACAGCAGUUCGGCGUCCAGCUGCACCUCAGGGCCAGAGGAGCGCAGCCCCGUCCCCGGGCCACCGAGCCAGCGGGGGCCCCCAAAACGCCCCGACAAGGAGUUCUCCUUUGCUGACGAAGACGACGACGAGAUCAGAGUAUAAAAGGCGGGCGGCCGAGCCAAGGGGUCUGGUUCUCAUUUGCGGUUGCUUGGACA